CAAACCUCACAAGCGGGCCUUUUUCUAUCCAAUCUCUCUCUCACGCAUCGCCAAUGCCUUUUUGAUUUCUCUCCGGAAUCAAAACAUACACAUCCCAUCAUGGCUUCAGCGUCGUCACGGGCCCUCGUCCGCUCCCUAUCUGCCGCCGCCGCAGCAAGAUGCCAAAUACGCGUGACGACCUCCCGAACUUUCGCACGAUGCCUCAGCACGCAACGCAUGUCCUCGGCCUCGCUGCGGCCCCAAUUGGCCGCUCGCCCGGCCGCCAUGACGCAGCGCCGAACCAUCUUCAUCCAGACCGAGUCGACGCCCAACGCCGAUGCGCUCAAGUUCCUGCCCAACCACGCCGUGCUGCCGGCCGACCUGCCCGUGCCGUUUGUCGAGUACAUGAGCCCGCGGGCGACGAUUGCGCCGCCGUACCCGUCGCCGCUGGCCGCCAAGCUGAUGAACAUUGACGGCAUCACAUCAGUAUUUUACGGCGCCGACUUCAUCACGGUGACCAAGGCGGCCGAUGCUAACUGGGCGCAUGUACGUCCGGAGAUCUUUGCCCUGAUUACCGAGGCGAUUACCUCGGGCGAGACGAUUGUCAGUGUGGUCGAGCGCGAUGGCGGGCCCCCUGAGGAGAUGGAUAGUCUGGCGUACAAUGAGGACGACGACGAGGUGGUCGGUAUGAUUAAGGAGUUGCUCGAGACGAGAAUCCGGCCGGCGAUCCAGGAGGAUGGUGGCGAUAUCGAGUUUCGCGGCUUCGAGGACGGUAUGGUCAAGUUGAAGCUGCGCGGUGCGUGCCGAACGUGCGAUUCUAGCGCGGUGACCCUCAAGAAUGGCAUCGAGGGCAUGCUGAUGCAUUACAUUGAGGAAGUCAAGGGCGUCGAACAGGUCCUCGACCAGGAAGAGGAGAUUGCUCUGUCCGAGUUUGCCAAGUUUGAGGAAAAGCUCAAGCAGCAAAAGGCAUCUGCCUAAGGCGAGGCAGUUUGAUAGGGACUGGAUGUAUAAUUUUUCUUGACGAUUAGAUUUCGGCCGGUUCGGUGGCCGCUGUACACUACUACUACACUUUAAAAAGACACAUCGUUAUAAUAGAUGCUAGAAUGACAAGGAGGAUACCCCAAUGACAGUCGCUUUGUUGACGCAGAAGAGUCUUUUCUCGCUACAGCUUUCCUUCCUUGCAUAGCUCUGUCGUUUGAGCAGUCUUUCGUGAUAGGACUCACGGUGAAUGUUGUCUAGACCCUUUGCUACUUUGCUCGUGCGCAUGGACUGCCUAGACGCAACACCAUUCACAAACGCAUCGACGCCUCACGCAAGCUCUGUGCAGCUAGCCAGCUACAGCUAUGGCUACACCAACAGCAACGACAUUCACGCCUCACUGGUACAUUGCUGUUGAUACCUACCAAGCUGCCAGUGGCGCAACGCUAGCACUCUUUCGUACCAAUGUACUUUUUAUUGGACAUCAAAGUUUCAGCGCUUCUUCUUUCGUUUUUGCUUUUUUAUCCACGCUGCGUCACAGGACCCCCCCGUCCCGCUUCGCGUUGAGUAGACGAGCAAAAAAAAGAGGGCGGACUCGGCGCCGAACACCUGACUCCAGCUUGGCGGCAGUGGGGCGCUGGAAGACGGACUCGAUUUUGCGGGGGAACAGCCGAUCCUUACCACACGCCGCCACAGAGACAAAAAGGCAUGCCGCCACGCGCAAAAGCUACUUUGCAAAAUGCUGUUGUUGUGUUGGUUUGCGUAGCUGAGAGGCUGAAGACCACCGCCAACAAUGCGGUUGCCGGAAAUAGUUGCCUUGUUCAGUCGGCUGAGAAAAAACACCAGUCUCAAAGCACAGCGGAUGGUGUUGGGGAUACUCUCGUAGAGGCUGGUCAGGCUUACUGUGAACAGUGCUGCUGCUGAUCGACAUUCAUCGCAAAGAACAAAGCGGCAGCCGCGGUGUACUACUGGAAAACCGAUGCUGGUUCACAUGGGCUUGUUGCUUCGUUCGGCAAACACACGCUCGUAGCCCUAGCUCAGAAUUGAGAGACCGAAGCGCGAGCUACGGUUCAGUAAUCUCCAUUUCCCAUCUGUUUCCAUGUUUGUCUGCUUCGAUUUGCGUUGCCCGAUUCUCACUUAGUGGACCGUUGAGCCGUUUGGUGCAUUCGAAGACCAAUCCUAACAAAUCUGCCGAAUGGAUGGCGUGCAACGGCGGACAAAGAAGCCCGGUGGUUGGUGGGAUUGGUUUGCUGUGCUGCGCAGAUCGUGCAAUUUGUGGGAUUUAUCCAAUUCAACAUGAAAGGGAUCUAUGAUGCGUACGAGUUGCUGCUGCUGCAGCUCUUUUGUUGAUUUCGCCAUUAAGACCACCACCCUCCUUUGUCGUCACCACAAGCCAUUGAUGGCUGUGAUUGGCGAACCCGGCCAUCGGGCAACUUGUCAAACGCACAUACCGUAGCGUACGGCAGUUGGAGGCUUCCGCACGGAGAUGGUCUGCACAAUCCUGGGCUUUCUUGUCUCGUCGCAAUGUGUGUGUGCGGCAGACGCGCGCCCUUUGUUGCUAGCGAAUUAGCAUCGCUGUAGCAUAGAGUUCGGCACCUGAACGGUUUUUUAGGGUGUUAUACCGCCCCACAGUAGCAAUGCUAAAAGCAACUUGGUGGUGGGUGGUGGUCGCGUGCGUUGCGUGGGACGGGACAGGAGGUGUAUUGUCGAGUGACGGUAGCCGUGCUGUUUUGGACCGAUGCGAGUAGCGCAGGCUACGACAGAAGGAGUUGUAGAAUCAUCCGCAUAAGCUGUUGGAAAUGGGGGCAUCACAGAUGUCCAAUUCAUUUUGAUACUGCGCUCUGUUUAUCGGACAAAGAUUCAAAGGGACUCCUUUCCGAACACCAUGCUCGUCUAUGCGUGACAAGGUACAUAUAAGCAUUGUCCAGCUGGAGGCUGAUGUUUUGUUGCACGCACGCAUUGGAUUUUGAUCAAUGAUGGACCGGGGAAUGCCGAUCGACAUGCGGGAAAGAUUUGGUCUUGCUCCCCGCUUCUCUUUCCCUGCUUGCUGGUAUUACGGACAAGUCGAUUGUUGUACUGUGCUGUCUUGUGUUGGGAGAUGGGAUUCGCGUCACCACCUGCUUGUUGUGAUUGUGCUUCGUAUGGUUCUGUAUUUUCAAAUCUUCACGGCUCCAGCGGGAUCCUUUGCUCUAGUAUUGAAAUGUAACGUCUGUCUUUUUUUCCCUUCUUUCGUAGACCAGCUCGAAACAGCGCUGGUCGUGGCGCCGGGAUGCACGGAGCGGAUCCUAGCAACUGUUGUUGCUGAUGCUGCUGGUACUGCUGCAGCACAUGGAGUUUGACCGAGUGCAGGCCACUUGCAGCU